AGGCGGCCGGGAGGAGCGCCGCAGAGCGCUGCGCUCGGGCAGCCCGGGCGGAUCGUGGCGGGUCAGGGCCAGGUGAGCCCCGGGAUGGCUCCCCAGCGACAGUGACCCGCUCCCCGCCCCGACACCUGUGCGGCGCCGCCCCGCACCACCCGGGGCCAGGCGGGGCCCCGCCGCCGCCCUUAAAGCCCGGCCGCCCCCGGCAGCUUCCUUCCCUCUUUCCCGCCUUUCUUUCUGUCUUUCAGCCCCGAGCGCUCCGGCGGGACCGCGCCGCCGACAUGGGUGGAAAAACUACCGGCAAGUCGGUGCUCUGCUUUGGCUUCCCUUUGAGCAUCUUCUUCAUCGUCAUCAAUGAGUUCUGUGAGCGGUUCUCCUACUAUGGCAUGAAAGCUGUGCUCAUUUUGUAUUUCAAGUAUUUCCUGCACUGGGAAGACAACUUUUCCACUGCCAUCUACCACACAUUUGUUGCUCUGUGUUACUUGACGCCUAUCCUUGGAGCAAUCAUUGCGGACUCUUGGCUGGGAAAAUUUAAGACCAUUGUCUACCUGUCCAUUGUCUAUACAAUUGGGCAGACAGUCUUGUCUGUGGGCUCCAUAAAUGACCUGACAGAUCACAACCGGGAUGGCUCUCCCGAUAGUGUAGCACUGCACAUUGCUCUGUCAAUGAUUGGCUUGAUCCUUAUUGCCCUCGGUACUGGUGGGAUCAAACCUUGUGUGUCAGCAUUUGGUGGAGAUCAGUUUGAAGAAGAUCAGGAAAAGCAAAGAAGGACCUUCUUCUCUCUCUUUUAUUUGUCCAUUAAUGCUGGAAGUCUCCUAUCGACUAUAGUCACCCCAAAUCUCAGAGCUACGGAGUGUGGCAUUCAUUCCAAACAACGAUGCUACCCGCUAGCUUUUGGAGUUCCUGCUAUCCUCAUGGCUGUUGCCUUGGUUGUGUUUGUAAUUGGAAGCAAAAUGUACAAGAAAGUUAAACCGCAAGGAAAUAUAAUGCUUCAGGUUUCCAAAUGUGUUGGGUUUGCCAUCAAAAACAGGUUUCAGCAUCGCAGCAAGGAGUUCCCCAAGAGAGAACACUGGCUAGACUGGGCAAAUGAGAAGUAUGAUAAACAACUGAUUGCUCAGACUAAGAUGGUGUUGAAGGUGCUUUUCCUUUACAUCCCUCUCCCCAUGUUCUGGGCGCUUUUUGACCAGCAGGGGUCAAGAUGGACACUGCAAGCCACAGCAAUGAAUGGGGAUUUUGGUAUUCUAGUUCAACCAGACCAAAUGCAGAUUGUGAAUCCAAUCCUGAUUGUUAUAAUGGUCCCAGUUGUAGACUAUUUGGUUUAUCCUUUAAUCAAGAAAUGCAAGAUCAAUUUUACGCCCCUGAGGAAGAUGACUGUGGGGAUGUUCCUCGCUUCUAUGGCUUUUGUUGCUGCUGCCCUUGUGCAGGUGCAAAUAGAUAAAACCUCUCCUGUUUUCCCUGCAGCUGAGCAAACUCAAGUCAGAUUAAUAAAUCUAGGUGCUGCUCCUGCAACGGUUCAGUUCCAGCCUCAGCUUCCGACUAUGGAUGUAGCACCUAAUGAGGCGACUCCCUACAUGACAUUUGAGAGUUCUAAGCUGAAAUCAUUACACAUAAUGUCUGCAUCUCAAAAUAAAACUGUGCCUUUGGAUCUGCUAGAUGGAGAACGCUACACUUUGGCAUUUAAAGGGAAUGGAUCUGACAUCAAUUCCCAUUUGAUAUGGGACAAUGUUACAUCAAAACCAGAAGAAGGAAAAAAUCUCAUCAGGUUCAUAAACAAUUACUCUCUUCCUGUCAAUGUUACUAUGGAUGGCAUGGCUUUUGGAGUACUGGAGCCUCUUUCUGUCAGUAAUUACAGUGUCAUUACAAAACAAGACAAGUCAUUUACCAUUAACGCUUCAAUGCCUCUGGCCGCUUGUACAGUUGUUUCAAAGACAUUUGGAUAUGGCAGUGCCUAUACCAUUUCAGUUAAUGAUUGUACUGGCUCCCAUCUUAAUGUAACAUACUUUGAAGAUAUUGCACCAAAUACAGUCCAUAUGGCUUGGCAGAUUCCUCAGUAUUUUCUUCUUACAUGUGGAGAAGUAGUGUUCUCUGUCACUGGGCUGGAGUUUUCAUACUCACAGGCCCCGUCUAACAUGAAGUCAGUGCUGCAGGCAGGAUGGCUGCUGACUGUGGCUGUUGGUAACAUAAUUGUCCUUAUCGUGGCUGGGGCAUCCAAACUCGACAAGCAGUGGGCAGAGUAUGUGCUGUUUGCUGCCUUGCUGUUGGUAGUUUGCAUCAUCUUUGCUAUCAUGGCUUCUUUUUAUACCUAUGUUGAUCCAAAUGAGAUUGAAGCCCAGUUCAGUGAGGAAAAAAAGGGAGAAGACAAGAAGGAUCAAGAUGACAAUGAAAAGGAAGCUGAAGCUGAUUCUCGAAUGUAAAAGCUGUACUCAAGGAGUGUCUGUAAAUGAUGGAAAUCCUGUUCACUCUCCCUGCAGUCAGAGGAAUCAGGGUAUCAGUAAUCACACCUCUGGAUUAUAUGUCUUGUGAGAGACACUAUGCAAAACUGUUUGAGUUUUAAGUGAAGCCUCCCUAGGGAAGCAAUAGGAAAAUAUUAGUCUCUCUCUUGUACUGAAUGUGGUAUCCUGAAGAAACUCCAGCAGAAUUUGCACUCUUAAUGUACCUCAGUCUUAAAUAUUAUAGCAUUAGAAUAUUUAAAUUAGACUUGGAACUAUUGGACCCUGUGAAAAGAAGUAUUUUUAUACUGCAUUUCAAUUUUAUAUCAUGAAAGAAACAAGACUUGUCAAGAAAAAGCAAUGGAAACCAAGCUCUCUGCAUGAUCCCUCUCGCAUCACUGUUACUUGAAAGCAGCAGGUCACAUGUGCCUUAAAUUCUUUUAUACUUCCUUACAGAUAAUGGGAGCAAAGCUCUGGCAGUGAUCAGAUUAAAAUAUUGUCUGUAUUCCAAGUGGCAGUAACUUGGACAUGGAUGUAGUGCUUUAUCUGCCUGUUAACUACCCAUUUAACUCCUAUUAUGUCUUUAAUUAAUAGUAGAAGUGUCCACUCAGGUAAACUGAUAACAGCAAAUGACCUUUGGAACAAGCAAGAGCAAUAAAACUUGUGUUAUAACAAAAUAAGGAAAGUGUUUUAAGAAUAUGGCUUACAGUUGCAUGUUAACAAAACUCGAUACCACCUCUCUGCUACCUUUGUCUACAGGCUCCAUCACUUAAAGCUAAUGGAUCAGUGCUGGUCUUCUCUAUCUUAAUAUACCCUAACACCUACCAAAUUUAUGCUAGGGGAGACUACAUUUUGCUGCUUAGCAGGACCUGCUCCUGUAGUCCUGUGCUCCAUGUAAUGGAGUGCCAGUGAUCUGCAUAUUGUUUUGGUAAUUCUUGUUUUUUAAGGUCUACAUGCUACACUUUUCCCACAAGCUUGGACUCACUGGCCCCUCCAGUACCCUGGCCAGACUUUCAGCUGCUUUGAUACCUGUCUUCCAAUACUCUUAUCCUAUUUUAGAGCAAUUCUAUUUUGGUAUUUUCAAGUGGUGACACAGACAUCCGUAUUCAAGCAAUUGGGUGCUUUGCUCGCACUGCGGGUGCACGGGCCCCUGUGAUCCCUGUUCCCACUGGAGCUGCUGGCACCUAGGUGUCCAUGUGCACAGAGUCCCUCACCCAUGAAGACAGUUACAAAUGGAGUUUGAGAAGACAAGUCCAAGGCACUCUUUGCUUGUGUUAGAGGUAGUUCUGUUAUCCCAUAGGCAGUAAUCCCCUCUUGGUCUCUAGGGUCAUCUGGGGAUAACCUUUCCUAUGGAUUUGAGAUACACAUGUCCCCCAGCCAAUGGAACUGAGGGUCUCCUGUAACAGCCACAGGAGCAUCUGGCUCUCAGUCACUCUCUGAGGAGUUAAGGGAGUUUUAUACCAGCUUAUUUAUGGCAGACUAGCUUUUCUUCUGCCAUGUAAGUGAGGCAAAAUAAAUUAUCUCCUAACUGUAUCCCAACAGAAUAGCAUCUUCUGCCUACUGCUUUGUCCAUGCCAGGUGAAAUGUUUAUUUAGCAUUUUAACACUACCUUUUUUCCCUUUGGAAUACAGGUCAUGUAUUCCAAAGGUAUAUGGUAUUUUUAUACCAUAAGCUGUUGGAACUUCAUGCUUUAGCAAGCCCAGUAACUUGUCUACAACAUGAUGGAUGUGGCUUAUGGUUAGAAAGCCAAUAAUACUGUAAAAUUAGAUGGGGAACUUUUCUGAUGAGAUGAAAACUACCUGUAAGGUAGAAUGGAGACGGUUGUGUGUGACAAGAUUUUAAUCUCAUUUUCAGCAGAGGUUUAAGUAAUUAA